GAUAUAAGUGGGUGUAGUUCAGUGAGAAAGCUCGCUAAAAGUGAGUCAAAGGGUUUACAAGCUGUAACCGUUUCCCUCUCGAUUCGCUCGUUAUUGUUCGCCUCCGCCUUCUUCAGCUCAUCGGCGAUUUGAAAGAAGAAAGGGUUGAAAUGGCUGGUGCAAGUGGGAAGAAAGAGAAGGUUGACAAGGCUGGUCCAAGUGGUGGUGGAAAGAAGAAGAAGGACGUUAAGAAGGAGACAGGUCUUGGUCUCAGCGUUAAGAAAGAUGAGAACUUUGGGGAAUGGUACUCUGAGGUUUGUAAACACGAGAUGAUUGAGUACUACGAUAUCUCUGGAUGUUACAUCCUUAGGCCAUGGUCAAUGGCUAUUUGGGAGAUUAUGCAAACUUUCUUUGAUGCGGAAAUCAAGAAAAUGAAGGUCAAGAAUUGCUACUUCCCUCUCUUUGUAUCCCCUGGUGUCCUCGAGAAGGAGAAGGACCACAUCGAGGGUUUCGCUCCAGAGGUUGCUUGGGUUACAAAAUCGGGCAAAUCUGACUUGGAAGUCCCAAUAGCCAUUCGUCCAACCAGUGAGACAGUGAUGUACCCUUACUACAGCAAGUGGAUAAGGGGCCACCGUGACUUGCCUUUGAAGCUUAACCAGUGGUGCAAUGUUGUUAGAUGGGAGUUCAGCAACCCUACCCCUUUUAUCCGGAGCCGUGAAUUUCUGUGGCAGGAAGGGCACACUGCUUUCGCCACCAAAGAAGAAGCUGAUGAAGAGGUCCUUCAAAUUUUGGAGCUUUACCGUCGCAUAUAUGAAGAGUAUCUCGCAGUCCCAGUUGUGAAAGGUAUGAAGAGUGAAAAUGAGAAGUUUGCUGGGGGACUUUACACUACAAGUGUAGAGGCUUUCAUUCCAAACACUGGUCGUGGUGUUCAAGGUGCAACCUCUCAUUGUUUGGGACAAAACUUUGCGAAGAUGUUUGAGAUCAGGUAUGAGGAUGAGGAAGGAAAGAGAGAAAUGGUGUGGCAGAAUUCUUGGGCCUACAGUACCAGGACGAUUGGAGUAAUGAUUAUGACUCACGGAGAUGACAAAGGCCUGAUACUUCCUCCUAAAGUCGCAUCUGUGCAAGUCGUUGUGAUCCCUGUGCCAUACAAAGAUGCUAAUACCCAAGGAAUCUUUGAUGCUUGUACUGCUACUGUAUCCGCCUUGAGUGAAGCUGGUAUCCGUGCUGAAGAAGAUUUAAGGGACAACUACUCUCCUGGAUGGAAGUAUUCAAACUGGGAAAUGAAGGGUGUUCCAUUGAGAAUUGAGAUUGGACCCAGAGAUCUGGAAAAUGAUCAGGUCAGAACUGUGAGACGGGACAACGGAGUUAAGGAAGAUAUCCCAAGAGGUAGCUUAGUGGAACAUGUUAAGGAACUGCUUGAGAAGAUCCAGCAAAACAUGUAUGAAGUGGCGAAGCAAAAGAGGGAAGCAUGUGUGCAAGAAAUUAGGACUUGGGAUGAGUUUAUCAGUGCUCUCAACCUAAAGAAACUUAUCUUAGCUCCCUGGUGCGAUGAAGAGGAAGUGGAGAGAGAUGUCAAGGCGCGUACUAAAGGUGAAACUGGAGCAGCUAAAACCUUGUGUUCUCCAUUUGAACAGCCAGAACUCCCUGAAGGCACUCUCUGCUUUGCAUCUGGAAAGCCUGCGAAGAAAUGGACCUAUUGGGGCAGGAGUUACUAAGUGUUCAAUUUUUCUUGUAAAGACUCAUGUUCACUGUGCUUUGAUUUGCUGAUAUUUUUUACUCCAAGUUAUUUCAGUUUUUUUUUUCUCAACUGUUUCAUUGAAUUAAGAACUAUAAAGUGAUCUUUUGUUUCAAAAGAACUGUUA